CGUCGGAGCACCAGUCCAUUCACGUUUCCACCUUCAACGCGACCUCAACCACCUCGAGACGACUCGGAGAACGAGUCAACCCUGCCAUCGAAUAGAUUGACCCACCGCUUAACCACCCCGCGCCGGCAGCUGUCCACCAACUCUUGAGCCCUUCCGUGGUUUCACCUUGGCUCGCACAAUGGCUUCUUGGUUUCGCUUGGCUCCUCGGCAUGCCGAGACAACACACGCGUCCUCGCUUCAUUCACGUCAUCGCUAUCUGCCCGCCACCAAGGGGCAAGAUAUCUCGCUGCCGUCUUCCCACUGCUUGCCGAUGCUUCGACUCCCGCAGGCACCCCGGAAGCAUACAUCAAACGAAGCUGUAGCUUGAGAAUAGCUUGCCCGACACAAUCCACCCAUCACCGCCAAGAUGGCUCGUGCAGUCACCCGGCUGUUGUCGCAAGGCUGGGAGGUUAAACUCGGCGCGCCGCCAGGGAGCGAGGGGGCCGAGGACCGGUGGCUCCCGGCCGGCCAUCUUCCGACAGAGAUUCACCUCGACCUAUUCAGGAACGGCGUCAUCCCAGACCCGCACCUGGACUUCAACGAACUCGCGGUGCGCUGGGUCGCCGAUCGCCAGUGGACCUACCGCUGCCGCUUCCACGCUCCUCCGCCCUCGGGGACUACAGAUCUCGUCUUGGAGGGCCUCGACACCUUUGCUGCCGUGUCGCUGAACGGCGACGAGAUUCUAGUCUCGGACAAUAUGUUUGUCGAGCAUCGGAUCGACGUGACGGAAAAGCUUCGCCCCGGCACAAGCCCAAGCGGGGAGGCUGCGAACGAGCUCGUCAUCGCCUUCGACUCGGCCCGCAAACGAGGCCUGCAGCUCGUCAAGGAGCACCCGGAGCACCGCUUCAUCGUGCAUCAGACCGAGAUCAGCAGAGGCCCGGUCCGCAAGGCGCAGUACCAAUGGGGCUGGGACUGGGGUCCCAUCCUGCAGACCUGUGGUCCCUGGAAGCCCAUCAAGCUGGAGACCUUUGUGACAAGAAUUGGGGAUGCGCGCAUUUCCUACCGGUUGGCCAAGGACCUCGACAGCGCCCGUGUGACUGUCAAGGUGCAGACGCGCGGGGCAGCGCCGCCAGCGAGAUGUUGCAUCACACUCAACGACGACCUUGUCUAUUCAGGGGAACCGAGCAUCGCCUCCCGGGGAGAAGAGUUCAAAGUGGAUUUCGAUAUCAAGAAACCGCAGCUAUGGUGGCCUCGAGGCUUUGGCAAGCAGAACAUGUACAAGAUCAAGGUGUCCAUAAUGUCCCACGACGGGGACGUUCUUGACACGGUUGGCAAGAAUAUUGGGUUUCGAAAAGCCGAGCUCGUCAGGGAGAAGGAUGCGUUUGGAGAGUCUUUUUACUUGCGCGUCAACGGCGUCGACAUCUUCUGCGGUGGCUCCAACUGGAUUCCGGCCGACAGCUUCCUCACCAGGACGACGCCAGACCAAUACCGCGACUGGGUUUUUUCGCACGUCGCUGAGGGCAACCAAGCCAUGGUGCGAGUCUGGGGCGGCGGCAUCUACGAGCAUGACGUCUUCUUUGACGCUUGCGACGAGGCCGGUAUCCUUGUCUGGCAGGACUUUGCCUUUGCCUGCGCCAACUACCCGACAUACCCAUCGUUUCUGUCCUCGGUCGAAACAGAGGCGCGCCAGAACGUCAGGCGCCUGCGCCACCACCCGUCACUCGUCAUAUGGGCUGGCAACAACGAGGACUACCAGAUAGUCGAGAGAUACAAGCUGAAAUAUGAUUUCGACGACAAGGACCCGCAGUCAUGGCUCAAAACCGACUUCCCAGCCCGAUACAUAUACGAGCACCUGCUUCCCAAGAUAGUCGAGGAAGAACACGCCGGCGCCAUCUACCGCCCCUCCAGCCCCUGGGGCAACGGCACUAGCACGACGCUUGUGGUCGACGCCACCGUCGGCGACGUGCACGAAUGGGAUCUCUGGCAUGGAGCGAUGAAACCUCACCAGCUACUUCCUGGCAUGGGAGGACGGUUUAUCAGCGAGUUUGGCAUGGAGGCGUACCCGCACGUCCCGACGCUGUCCCGCGCAGUCACGGACCCGGCUCAACGCAGCCGCCCCGGUACUCUCGCGCUCGACUUCCGCAACAAGGCCAUCGGUCACCAGCGACGCCUGCUGGCCUACCUGGGCGAGAACGUAGACCUGCACACCCCCACGGGCAGCACCGCGGCGCCGUCCUCGCUCGACGGCUUCACCUACCUGACGCAGGUCGUGCAGGCCGACGCCAUGCGGUCCGCCUACGGCGGGUGGCGGCGGCGCUGGGGAGACGAGACGGGCGCGCGGCGCUGCGGCGGCGUCCUCGCCUGGCAGCUCAACGACUGCUGGCCCACCGUCAGCUGGAGCCUCGUCGACCACGACGGCGUGCGCAAGCCCGCCUGGUACGCGGUCCGCGAGGCGCUGAGGCCCGUCGUCGUCUGCGUCCGCCGGCCCUUCUUCGACUGCGCCUCGCGCCCGGCCGACGGGGGCCGGACGACGUGGCAGCGCGACACGGGCCACGUCGACCCCCGGGCCGCUUGGGGUUUUGGCCUCGGCGCCGUCGGCCACCACCGGGCCGUGUCCGAUCUGUGGGUGUCCAACCUCGGCGCCGACGAGCGCGAGGGCGAGCUGCAGGUCAGCUUCGUGUCCAUCAAGACGGGCAAGGUGCUGCGGCGGCGGCUGUUUGCCCGGCCGCUGGCGCUGCGGAUCCAGGCCAACGGCACGACCGAGGUGUCCGCCAGGCCCAGGCGCGAGGGGGGCAGGCGGCGAUCCUCGGCGGCGGCGGCCAACAAGGCUGGUGGCGGCAAUCCCGCGGCGACGGCGUCCGCGGACGACGAGGACUCGUCCCCCAUGGAUCCCACGGAUGCGGACCCUUUUGUCAUGCACGCACAGCUCAGCACCUGGCCGGUCGGAGGGGAGAGCAAAACGGCAGCAGCUGCUGAGAGCGUGCACGACGUUUCGUGGCCCGACCCGCUAAAGUACAUCGACUUUAGCAACAGGGGGCUCAAGGUCACCGCGGGCGAAUCUGGCGGGAGCCAGGGCGACAAGCGGGCCUGGGUUGAGGUCAAGGCCGAGCGGCCCGUCAAGUGUUUUGUGUUCCAGGAGCGGCCCGGGGUGCGGUUGAGUGACAAUGGCUUCGACGUGAUUCCGGGCCAUCCCGUUCGGGUCGGGGUGGAUGGCUGCCACCCGCGGGAGCUGAAGUGGAUGUAUCUUGGGCAGGAGAGGCAGGAGGCUGACUGGGCCGACUGAGCCAGCUGCGUUACUUCCUGCUUUAGUUGUUUCUAUCGCCCUGUCACUGAACUACUGUUAGCAUGCAUAACGCUAACGUUCAAUGCCUCCAAGGUAUGAAGCCACGGCAGGCCGAUCUGGGAGUGACACUGCCUUUCUUUGUUUUUAAAUGAGGACGACGAGUUUCCGUCUGCUCGUUUGGGGAGAAGAAACGCCAAAAAACUGGUCCUCCGUGCAUGGUAUGGAAGGUUGGUUAAUUGGGUAGGCAAUUGAACAUUGAACCUAGCAGUCGUGGCAUGUGUUCUAUGUCUGUUCAUUGAAUGUCUGUUCAUUGCUACCACGGGUGCGGAUUGUGCGUGUGCGGUCCGGGUCUACGGGGUGGGGCCGUGUCCUCACGUGCCCUACGCCCCACCUCAUAUACGGCUGCACAUUCGCAUUCAUAACUUUGACGAGAACAAGUUUAUUGAUGCCUAGGUUUGCUUGGAUGCUAAACUAAACGGGAUUGUAGACGACGACCACCAUUCGGUGGUCCUUGAACAAGAAUGCGAGGCUCCCCUGCAUUGGCAGAUAUUGGACCCCUGCGUGCAACUGUGGAGUAUCGAAUCCCGGGACAGAGUGGGCGGCGAACGAGAAGCCAGUGCCGGCGGGGGCAGCGAUUGCGUUCUGGAGCGUGAUGUGCGUCGGGUUGUCGACCCGCGUCUGUGACUGCUCACCGACCCUGCAUACCCCAACCGCGGCCACGGCUCCGCUCUCGUACUCGAACAGUGCUCCUGUGCACCCGCCGUUGGCAUUGCUGAGCACCGUGAUGGCCCGGACGUCCUCGAGCGAGACAGUCGAGGCGUACGAGUUCCCGUUCAGGAGGUCUGGGUAUCUCUGGGGAGGCCAUGGACGAGUUUCCUGGCCGCCCCCCGGGGGCUGGCCAUCCGAGUGGCGGGGAGAUGCCGCGAUACCAGACGUGGGAUUCGUUCCCGUCGCUUUGUUGUAGUACAGAAGCUUCGGGGGCGACGGGCAAAUUGUGAAUCUUGGAGAUCCCUGCUCGCCGUGAUUCGGCCCGAGGGAGACCAGGCCGGCAAGUUUGAGGCGGAACUGCUCCGUGCGGGCGGGCUCUUUGGUCAGAUAUCUGGUAAUCAUCAUCAUGUCCGGCUCGGGAUUCAAAGCUUACUAGGAACCGCGGCUUGCCCCUCGGCCCCAGCUGCACUGCCAUGGACAGAAUCUCCUCGCCCUCCGGCAAGGGCAAGUGGACCCAGAUCGUCUUCCUCCGCACGCUCGUGGGGAGGCGGUCGUUGGUGGCGCGGGCGCUGGGCUCGGCGGCCGUGUGGGCGUGGACCCCGUAUAGCCUGCACCGGAAGUACAGAAAGGUGAG